AUGGAACUAAAGGCUAAUGGGCAUUCCGCCCCGUUUGUGGUCCUGUCUACGUUUCAAAAAUCAUGGUUGUUUUGGCUACAGGACAGUCGAAGCGACGAGUUGGUAGCUCUAGCAAACAAUUUGGAGGAGGUCAAGAAGCAUGUUCCCAAAAUAUCCUCUCCGAACCAGUCUGCUCAACCAGCGAAGAAGACCCCGCCGCCUCCAGACCUCAAAGACGAAGGAAGUUUCGACAGCAACAGCACAUCGUAUUCUACCUUUGACAAACAGAAUCAGGACAACAUGCAGAAAUCACCAGCAUUCAUCGCCGACCAGCUCGUGCCGCUUCUUUACACGGCACUACUCUGUGGCCUUGCCCGGAACCCGGUGGCUGGAAACAAAACCAUUUUCAACUUGGAGAAAGGACAUAAGGGACUCGCCCUUAAGUUCGAUCCAAAAAGCUACGAGUGGGGUGAUGUCAACAUUUUUCCAAACAGACCUGUGCGCUCCUUUUCAGGCACAAAAUCCCGCCAAAAAAGUCAACCCCAAGCAUUCAAUGACGGGACCUAUUUUACCAUUCAAAGAUUGCCCGGGGAAGUAGAUCAAAAGUGUUUUACGCUUAUGACAAACUUGGACAUCCUUGCAUAA